AUGGACAAUAAACUAAAUUUAACUUACAUAACACUUAAUGGGUAUGUAGAGGUGGAAAAGUACAGAUAUGUCUAUUUUCUGAUUAUUUUUACAAUAUAUGCUGCAGUAAUUUUCUCUAAUUCCACCAUUAUUCGUCUUAUUGUGUUUCAUCAAAGCCUUCAUGAGCCCAUGUAUAUUUUUAUUGCAGUUUUGCUGAUUAACUCUACUUUUUUUUGCACAACCAUCUACCCAAAGUUUUUGCUUGAUGUUUUAUCUGAAAAACAGAUUAUAUCACACACAAUGUGUCACUUUCAGUAUUUUGUACUUUACACUUCAGGAGCUUCAGAAUUUUUAGUGUUGGCAGCCAUGGCCUAUGACAGAUAUGUGUCUAUAUGCAAACCUUUGCAAUAUUCCGUAAUCAUGAAAAAAACUACCAUCUCUGUUUUCUUGGUCUUAGCGUGGCUUGUGCCUGCUUGUCAGGUUGCAGGAACAACUGUCAGGGCUCUAACCGUGACAACAACAUCACUAAGUGCUACUAGAAAAGUGUGUAACUUUACUCUGCAAGGGAUAUUUUGUAAUAAGUCAGUUUACAAACUUCAUUGUGUGAGUUCAAGAGUUUUGGCUAUUUAUGGUGUGAAUGUUUUGCUCAAUAUUGUAUUUUUUCCCAUGCUCUACAUAGUUUUCACUUACACAAAGAUACUUAUAAUAUCUUAUCAAAGCUGUAGAGAAGUCAGGAAAAAAGCUACACAGACCUGCUUACCUCACCUGCUGGUUUUAUUCAACUAUUCAUUCUUCUGUACAUGUGAAGUUAUUAUACUUCGACUGGAAUCUGAUAUUUCACAGACUGUACGUUUAAUAAUGACUUUGCAAGUGGUUUUAUAUCAUCCACUGUUUAAUCCAAUCAUAUAUGGACUAAAAAUGAAAUACAUUUCUAAACACCUAAAGAGAUUGUUCUGCUAA